GAGUUUGCACGAUGACUUCCUCCGCCUCGAGCCAGCCCAGGAAGGUUGCGAUCGUUACCGGCGCUUCCUCAGGUAUCGGUCGCGCUACGGCCAUUGCAUUGUCGGGAGCAGGAUGGACGCUCAUGCUCGCUGCUCGUCGCGAAGCCGAACUAGCGGAGACUGCAAAACUAGCGGAUGCCAACUCUAACGGGACCGGAAACGCAGCUAAGUACUUAGCAGGUGAUAUCACGGACGAAGUCUUCGUACGGAGACUUUUCGACGAGACUGUCGCGCAAUUCGGAAGACUGGACCUACUGUUUAAUAACGCAGGGAUCGGUUCGCCCCAAGUGCCCAUCGACGAAUUGCCUGUUUCCACUUUUAAGAACGUUAUCGACGUGAACUUGACCGCCUCGUUUGUAUGCACCCGUGAGGCUUUCCGGGUCAUGAAGGCACAAUCACCUCCGGGUGGGCGGAUAAUCAAUAACGGAUCGCUUUCCGCGCACGUCCCGCGCCCGCAUUCUGCGCCGUAUACGAUGUCCAAACACGCGAUCACAGGGCUGACGAAGUCGACCUCCCUCGACGGUCGCGCUCACAACAUCGCCUGCACGCAAAUAGACAUCGGCAAUGCGCGCACCGACAUGGCCGCCCGCCUCGGAGUCGGCACCCUCCAACCGAAUGGCCAGGUCGUAGCCGAAGCUAUGAUCGACACGCGCCAUGUCGCGGAUUCCAUCGUUCACAUCGCAUCGCUACCUACGGAUGUCACCGUCCUGACUUUCAACAUCAUGCCAACGGCGGCCCCCUUCGUCGGACGCGGGUGAAGGAAACUGAGCGCUUGCUAGCGAUCUCUGGAUACAGUGAUGCAGAUAUCAGUACCUGUUUGAUGAUGCAAAAAAAUCAUAGGAGCUAUGCACAUCUGUUCGGAGACGCGAAUGAACGUUUAUGCCAAGGGUACGUACAUAUUAAUGAUUCCGGAGCACCGUUCCGAGUCCCGAGUCGCGGACGGGACGGACCGCCGGCUCUGACACGUAGUAGUGCACCUCACCCCGCGAUCUAAUCUUAUCUCUUGGUGUUUGGGCCAUGACUGCC